AUGCUGGAGACAUAUAGGAAUCUCGCUGCUAUAGGCUAUGUUUGGGAAGACCAUAAUAUUGAAGAAUAUUUUCAAAUUUCUAGAAGACAUAUAAGGCAUGAAAGAAGUCAUACUGAAGAGCAACCCUCUGAGUUUAUCCAAUGUGAUAAAGCCUUUGCAUUUCAGAGUCAUAACCAAAGACAAGAAAGAAUUCAUAUGGGAGAGAAACCCUAUGAAGUUGUCCAGCAUUGUGAAGCCUUUGCGUAUCACAAUAGUCUCCAAAUACAUAAACCAACAGUUGCUGGAGAGAACUCCUCUGAGUGUAACCAAUGUGGUAAAGACUUUAUUUCUUACAGUUCUCUUCAAAGGCAUAAAGGAGAGAAACCUUAUGAAUGUAAUCAAUGUGGGAAAGCUUCUGCAUGUCAAGGUAGAAUUCAGAUGCAUAAACAAAUACAUACAGGAGAGAAAACUCACGAGUGUAAUCAAAGUGUUAAAGUCCUUGGUUAUCAAACUGGACUAGGGUAUCAUAAAAGAACACAUACAGGAGAAAAACCUUAUGAAUGUAAUCAAUGUGGUAAAACCUUUGUAUAUCCCAGUGAUCUUCAGAAACAUAAAAGAACACAUACUAGAGAGAAACCUUUUGAAUGUAACCAAUGUGGUAAAGUCUUUGCAAAAAAUAGUGAUCUUCAAAGACAUAGAAGAACACAUACUGGAGAGAAACCUUUCGAAUGUAACCAGUGUGGUAAAGCCUUUGCACGAAAUAGUCAUCUCCUAAGACAUAAAAGAGCACAUACUGGUGAGAAACCCUACGAGUGUGACCAAUGUGGUAAACGCUUUUUUGAUCACAGUUUUUUUCAAAGGCAUAUACGAGUUCAUACAGGAGAGAAACCUUAUGAAUGUAAUCAAUGUAGUAAAACUUUUGUAUAUCCCAGUCAUCUUGAAAAACAUAAAAGAACACAUACUGGAGAGAAACCUUUCGAAUGUAACCAAUGUGGUAAAGCCUUUGCACAUCCCAGUUAUCUUGAAAAACAUAAAAGAAUACAUACUAGAGAGAAAUCUUUUGAAUGUAACCAAUGUAGUAAAGCCUUUGCAAUAAAUAGUGAUCUUCAAAGACAUAGAAGAACACAUGCUGGAGAGAAACCUUUCGAAUGUAAGCAAUGUGGUAAAGACUUUGCAAAAAAUAGUUAUCUUCAAAUACAUAGAGGAACACAUACUGGAGAGAAACCUUUCCAAUGUAACCAAUGUGGUAAAGCCUUUGCACGAAAUAGUCAUCUCCUAAGACAUAAAAGAGCACAUACUGGUGAGAAACCCUACGAGUGUGACCAAUGUGGUAAAGGCUUUUUACAUCACAGUUCUCUUCAAAGGCAUAUACGAGUUCAUAAAGGAGAGAAACCUUAUGAAUGUAAUCAAUGUGGUAAAGGCUUUGUAUGUAAACCUGGUCUCCGAGCACAUAAAAGAACACAUACAGGAGAGAAACCCUAUAAAUGCAAUCAAUGUGAUAAGGCCUUUGCAAAUCAAAGUGGACUCCUUUAUCAUAAAAGAACACAUAUUAGAGAGAGACUAUAUGAAUGCAAUCAAUGUGAUAAAGCCUUUGCAUAUCAAAGUGAUCUCCUGAAUCAUAAAAAAACACAUACUAGAGAGAGACCAUAUGAAUGUUAUGAAUGUGGUAAAGCCUUUAUACUUCACAGGCAUCUUUAUGUACAUAAAAGAGUGCACACUGGAGAGAAACCCUACGAAUGUUCGCAUUGUGGCAAAGCCUUUGCAUAUUACUUUAGUCUCCAAGUGCAUAACAGAACACAUACUGGAGAGAAACCAUAUGAGUGUAAUCAGUGUGAUAAAGCCUUUUCAUAUCUAAGUGGUCUCCUGUAUCAUAAACGGACACAUAACACAUACAGGAGAGAAACACAUUGA